CUAGCUACUACUCGCGCAGCCAGAUUGAAGCAGGUGUACAACAUGGCGAUCACAGGCAACGGAUCUCUCGCUACACUUCUCUUUUUGUUCGUGAUUCCAGCAGCUCUUCACAAAGGAGCUGCUCAGUACCCAGUCCAGAGUCAGAACCUGGUGACAGACAAUGUGGAGGUGAUGGAGGGUGACGUGGCCGUCAUCAGCUGCAGGGUGAAGAACAACGACGAUUCUGUCAUCCAGCUCCUCAACCCCAACAGACAGACCAUCUACUUCAGAGACGUCCGACCCCUGAAAGAUGCUCGCUUCCAGCUGGUCAACUUCUCAGACAAUGAGCUGCGGGUGUCUCUAUCCAAUGUGAGCCUGUCGGAUGAGGGGAGAUACGUGUGCCAGCUCUACACGGACCCCCCACAGGAGGCCUAUGCAGACAUCACUGUGCUGAUCCCUCCAGGCAACCCAAUCAUCGAGUCCCGGGAGGGGCAGGUGAUUGAGGGCAACGAGACAGAGAUGACCUGCACCGCUAUGGGCAGCAAGCCCGCCGCCACAAUCAGAUGGAUGAAGGGAGACAAAGAGCUCCAAGGCAUAUCCAAGGUGGAGGAGACAUAUGACCACAUGUUUACUGUGACCAGCCAGCUGAGGUUCAUCGUCACUAAGGAGGACGACGGCGUGCCCGUGGUGUGCAUCGUGGACCACCCAGCCGUCAAAGACUUCCAAGCCCUGACGUACCUGGUGGUGCAUUAUAAACCGGAGGUGAAGAUCAUAGUGGAGUUUCCUGAUGGGCUGCCAAGGGAGGGACAGAACAUGGAGCUGUCAUGCCAGGCCAAAGGCAAACCCCAUCCCCAGCAGAUCAACUGGGUGAAGGUGGACGAUGACCUUCCCUCACACGCCCUCAUCACCGGCCCGGACCUGUACAUCGAGAACCUCAACAAGACCUACAACGGCACCUACCGCUGCUUCGCUGCCAACUCAGUGGGCGAGUCGUAUGACGACUACAUCCUCUACGUCUACGAUGCCCCCACCACUACCCCUAUACCCACUACAACUACCACCACAAUUCCCACCACCACCAUCUCUCUCCCUGAAGCCACUGCAGAUUCUAGAGCUGGAGAGGGAGCACCGAGAGCGGUCGACCAUGCGGUCAUCGGAGGAGUGGUGGCUGUGGUUGUCUUUGCCAUGCUCUGUCUACUCAUCAUUUUGGGACGGUACUUUGCAAGACACAAAGGUACCUACUUCACGCAUGAAGCUAAAGGAGCCGACGAUGCAGCAGAUGCAGACACAGCCAUUAUCAACGCAGAGGGGGGCCACAACAAUUCGGACGAGAAAAAGGAGUACUACAUAUAGAAAUCACAGGGCCCCAAUACUGUCCCCUGUAGGACACCAUACUGUCUUUGGGUGAGGAGUGCUUGGGGUUUAAGUAUGGUUGGGUAGGGGGGUAGGAUGGGUUGGUGAUUGCCAGGGAUUGAACAAUGUAUAGUCCAGUCUGUGCCGCUGAAGAGGAACAGUUUUGUGUGUAUAAGGUGGAAAGAUAGGGAAGGGAGAGUAGGUUUUGGUUAAGGGUGGGUGGGGGGUUUGGGGGUUGCAAGAUGUUGCCAGAAAUCACUGUAGAGCUUCACCAUUCGACACCUCCCAAAACUGCUGGUACGAAUUUUGUUUAGUUCAACCAUUUGCAGAAAAUUCUGUGCCUUGUUCUGAAUUUCUUUUCUAUUCAUUCUUCUUUUUCUUCCCCGUCAACAUGCCGUUGCUCCUCACCGUCCCCGCUUUCACUCUCUCCAUUAUGAUUGUGAUGUUGGCUUUCCUAUGAGUGUUGAAUUACACAGUGGCUCUGUUCAUCUCUCCCACUGUGUUCGCACACACGUUCUCUUCUGCAUACCAAAACCUCAAAAGAACCCUAUUUCCACUAUACUGUGAGCAGGCCUAGUCUCAAGCCACUACCUUUCUUUUUUUCCAACCUUUUGAUAACUCCAAAACACAUCCAACGCUUUACGUAUCAUCUUCGAAAAAUGUACAUGAGGAAAAUAUCAUUACACAUAAAUAACAUUACCCCCCUCUUUAAAACACACACACAGAAAUAUAAUCUAAAGGAAGACAGUGGAGGGCAGUUGGUCUCAAACUGUCCUUGUUUUCAUUUUAUCUGAGCCAAUUCCUAUUCACUGUGGAUGACUUGUAUUCUUUCCUCUCUCUUCAAUUUGUUUUUCUUAUUAGAUAUGCCAGCACAUUUAAAACAUUGGUACUAUUUGGAAUAAGCAAAGUAGAAGGCACAUUAUUUCACCCUCGCUAUGCUGAACUUAAAAGCAUUUUCAAUUCACUAUUUUUACCUUUUAUUCUCUGUACAAUGAUGUUUUUGUUCUGUUCCAAUGAAUGGAACCGCAAUUCCCCUGCAGGCAUUUCAUGUUUUAUGAUGACAUUUUGGGGUUUUACAUCGUCUCUCUCAUUCAGAAAUAUUUUUGACAAACAACAAAACAUUUAAAAAAUCAUUUGUUUUUAAUGGUUUCUUUGGUGGUGUAUACUCACCCUUUGUCUUUCAAUCAAGCUGCCUCACUUUAGCCAAGCUGUAAUAAAGUUGUUAUAACAAAAAAGGUAACACUGAUAGGAUUCAUUUCAAUAAGAAAUGACCGGAAGACAUCUCCAAACGAAUAAAUGAAUGUUGACUGUCAAAGGUGAAUAUCCUCAUUAUAAUACAUAUAUAAAUCUACUGUAGGUUGUGAGGUACUAAAUGCAAUCAACAUUUAUAAAGCGAUACUACCUUCAUAUUGUUACAUGCUGAACAGUCAAAUCUCACAUGUAGAGUGGUUGUAUUUUUCCAGCCUUGUGUAUAAAUUAGACCUAAGGAGUAAAAAGGGUUAUAGGAUUUUAAAGGAGAUGGUGAUACAUAGGCGAUACAUAGCUUCUGUAUGAGCAACGGACCUACAAUCAUUGUGUCUAAGGCAUUUUUUCAAAGGAUAUGAUUUCAAUACAAAACAUUAUCUCAAAACAUUUCAGACGCACCAGAACGAAUAGUUCCAACAAUAUAGAAACUAUGAGCAGACAUUAUAUUCACACCAAUGUAUUAUACACAAAUAUUUUUUACAACCUAGUGGAAUUUCAUGACAGAAUACUUCUGUGUUUUUUCUGAUUAUCACAAGCUGUUUGUUGUGAGCUUUGUCGCUCCAUAUUGUAAAACACUCAUGACAGUUGAGGAGCAUGUGUCACUCGGAAUUAACACGGGAGACAGGGCCUUAUUUCCCCUACUAUCACACCCCAGCCUCUGGACUGUACAUGAUCUUGUCAUGAUGCAACAAUUUUCAGUUGCCCACAGUCAGCCAACACAACACUGCAUGUAUGUGAGUGUGAACCUCUAAAACAACAUAAUACAGUCUCCUAUUUGUCUUUCUUUACAAUUGACCUGCCUAAGCUUAAAGAUGAUACAAUGUGGAAAGAGCCCGUUAGGGAGAGUACUUUUGGGGAAAUGUUACUUUUCAUGUAUACAUCACUACAGUAAACAUUGCUGUUGAAUUUAGUUACUGUCCUGCUGAGGUUGUUGACCUGACAAUUAGGUUGAAAAGAUGUUGUUGCUUACGUGCUUGAUUUGAUGUUUAUUCCAAAUAUAAUAUCUUGAAGAAGGAGCUACCACUGAUUUAAUACUGUUUGACGACAAUGCUGGUUGUUUAUCAGGACAGUGGUGGCUUUCUGGCUCCGUUUAAAUGCUCCAUUUUAGACUGUGUGACUUCAUGUGAAACAUUUUGGAUCCCCUCUGUUGUUUCAAUGGAUCAAACAACAGAGAGAAUGUAACCGUCUUUUAGAUUGAGGUUGUGUGACUUGUAUUUAACAGUGAGCAUUAUUUUGCUUUGGUCAAAAAUGUGGUGGCUUCCUUUCAAAACUGGACCGUAAAAAGUCUGUUCUUACCAAGUGAACACAUCUAUUCACUCGUUCUGUAGGUGGACAUUUUAAUACAUGUACUCACAGCUGUGUGGACUGGGUCGAUGUACAGUACCAGUCAAAGACUUGGGCACACCUACUCAUUCAAGGGUUUUUCUUUAUUUGUACUAUUUUCUACAUUGUAGAAUAAUAGUGCAGACAUCAAAACUAUUAAAUAACACAUAUUGAAUCAUGUAGUAAGCAUUGGGGCGGCAGGAUAGCCAAGUGGUUAGAGCGUUGGACUGGUAAGUUGCACGUUCAAACCCCCGAGCUGACAAGGUACAAAUCUGUCGUUCUGCCCCGAACAGGCAGUUAACCCACUGUUCCUAGGCUGUCAUUGAAAAUAAGAAUUUGUUCUUAAACUGACUUGCCUAGUUAAAUAAAGGUAACAUAAAAAAAUGUAAAAAAUUCCCAUUGCCUUGAUGACAGCUUUACACACUCUUGUCAUUCUUUCAACCAGCUUCAGGAGGUAGUGACCUGGAAUGCAUUUCAAUUAACAGGUGCGAAUUUGUGGAAUUUAUUUCCUUAAUGCGUUUGAGCCCAUCAGUUGUGUUAUGACAAGGUAGAGGUGGUAUUAAAAAAAACAUAUUUUGGCAAGAACAGCUCAAAUAAGCAAAGAGAAAUAGCAAUCCAUCAUUACUUUAAGACAUGAAGGUCAGUCAAUCCGAAAAAGUUAAAGAACUUUGAACGUUUCUUUAAGUGCAGUCGCAAAAACCAUCAAGCGCUAUGAUGAAACUGGCUCUCAUGAGGACCGCCACAGGAAAGGAAGACCCAGAGUUACAUCUGCAGCAGAGGAUGAGUUCAUUAGAGUUACCAGCCUCAGAAACUGCAGCCCAAAUAAAUGCUUCAGAGUUCAAGUAACAGACACAUCUCAACAUCAACUGUUCAGAGGAGACUGCGUGAAUCAGGCCUUCAUGGUCGAAUUUCUGUAAAGAAACCACUACUGAAGGACUCCAAUAAGAAGAAGAGACUUUCUUGGGCCAAUAAAUACGAUGGAGUGAUGGAGUGCUGCAUCAGAUGACCUGGCCUCCACAAUCACCCAACCUCAAAGCAAUUUAGAUGGUUUGGGAUGAGUUGGACCGUAGAGUGAAGAAAAAGCAGCCAACAAGUGCUCAGCAUAUGUGGGAACUCCUUCAAGACUGUUGGAAAAGCAUUCCAGGUGAAGCUGGUUGAGAGAAUGCCAGGAGUGUGCAAAGCUGUCAAGGCAAAGCGUGGCUACUUUGAAGAAUCUAAAAUAUAUUCUGAUUGAAAAUGUUUUUGUUUACUACAUGAUUCCAUAUGUGUUGUUUCAUAGUUUUGAUGUCUUCACUAUUAUUCUACAAUGUAGAAAUAGUAAAAAAUAAAGCAAAACCGUUGAAUGAGUAGGUGUGUUCAAACUUUUGACUGGUACUGUAUAUGUUUCUGCUUAACCUUUUACUGGUGUGUGUUGUGGUUUGUAAUGGUUGACCACUGUCAGAACCAAUAGGAAACAGGAGUGUAUUGGGGAAAGUAUAUGCAACUCGAGCGUAGUUGACAUAAAACAAAUGUUAAUUUCUAUGAUCACCUACUUAUAGGGAAACUCCACCCAAAAACUAUAUUUUGGUAUUUGUUUCAUUAGUCCAUUGUUGAUAUAGUCCCAAAAUGUUUUGCAUGUCAGCAAUCAAGUUUUGAAGAUAUAUAACUGUCAAAAUAUACAAAAUACAUAAAUAUAGCUGCGUUUUGAGUCAUAUGAUGCGAAAUUGAUCAUACCGGCUCGAUAUAUGUAUUUUGAAAGCUUUGGGGUGGAAUUUUCCUUUAACCUGGUGAUAUGAACAGCAAAUCAAAUACAAUUCGAUGAUGGACAACAAUUUGGGCGGGUGUAACAAGUCCAGAUAUGUGUGGAAUGAGUUUGAUAUUUGAGUAUAGAAUGUAAUUUUUGUCAUUUCUGUUUCUGUGUGUUAUCAGUUUUUUCUUCUUCAUGAAAUGUCCCCUUUGUUACUCAAGCUACAGUUAAUUUGGUAGUCUACAUGUUGAGGAUUUAUUUUUUAUUUUAUCAAAUUACUUUUUACAUUUCUUUGUUAAUGCCCUGUCUCAGGUUCAUGUGCAUUGACUGGUGUGAUUGCAUCUCAGGUAGAAUGCAAAGUCUAAGGCCCACCACACAUUGAUGAAGUAUAUAUAUAAAAAAGUACACCAAUCAUUUUAGAUCAAGAGACAACUGGUGAUUUGUUUUGCAUUUAAGCUGUACAUGUUUUAUGAAUUUUCUUAAAUAUUCGGUGCACUGUAUAAGAUGUUUAAGUAUUUUUUUGUAUAGACAUAGUUCACAAUGAAAGAGUACUCCGUUUGUUAAAAUGAUGCAGGAACAGAACACACUCAGCUGUGGCUGUGCAACUAUCAAUUUAAACAUCUCUCGGACGUUUACUUUUCCUUCCAGGACGUUUGGUCGUUUAUCACUUCAUUGUUUUUAGGUUGAUUCUUUUUGUUUUUCUGCUGUACUAGGGCAAGGUUAAUGUGUAUUAAUGAAGAAAAAAUAUAUCCACAUUCCCAUACACAUUUUGUAUUGGUUCAUAAAUAGACAUUUUUACAAAAAAUGAAGAGUUCUUGUCUUAAUAAAAAAGAAAAAGAUAUUAAUGUUCAAAGUAA